AUGAAAGCGGGCUCCGCCAGCAGUCGCGGAGCGGGGCGAAUGUGGACGGCAGCGGGGUCGUCGCCUCAGGGAUCCAUGCGAGGGAUCGGCGACUCGUCGCUCACGUCGCGUUCGCGAAAGAGCAAGAAGAGUCGCUCGCUCGUGAGGCGGCUGCUGAAAUGCCGCUUCCAGACCUUCAUCCUCUGCGUCGUUCUGGUCCGUCCGAUCGCUGCCUUUUCGAUUUGUCGCCGUCAGAUCUCUCUUCUGUGUUCCAGUCCUUUUUCAUGCAUCGCCGCUUCCCCCCACCCCCGUACCUGUGCAACGUCUGCAUUCUCUUGGCUUCCUGUUCUCCUCCACCCGCUCCCCAAACACACCCCUUUCCUCCCAUCCACACCCCUUCCCCCUCUCCCCUCCCCCUCGUCGCACUCCCGUUUCCCCACCUCGCCACCUUCUCCCUUCCCACGCCCUCCUCCCCCCACCCUCCCCAUCUAUGCUCCCAAUUCUCCCUCCCUCCAUCCAUCUUUCCCUCCCUCCCUCCCUCCCUCCCUCCCUCCCUCCCUCCCUCCCUCCCUCCCUCCCUCCCUCCCUCCCUCCCUCCCUCCCUCCCUCCCUCCCUCCCUCCCUCCCUCCCUCCAUCCCUCCCUGCCUUCCUCCCUCCCUCCUUUCGACCAUCCGGCCCCAUCCAUCCAUCCCUCCCUCUCUCCCUCCCUCCCUCCCUCCCUCCCUCCCUCCCUCCCUCCCUCCCUCCCUCCCUCCCUCCCUCCCUCCCUCCCUCCCUCCCUCCCUCCCUCCCUCCCUCCCUCCCCCCCUCCCUCCCUCGCUCCCUCCUUCCCUCCCUCCCUCCCUCUCUCCAUCCCUCCCUCCCUCCCUGCCUUCCUCCCUGCCUUCAUCCUCCUUCCUUUCGACCAUCCGCCCCCAUCCAUCCCUACAUCCCUCCCGCGCGAGCAGGUGGUGCUGUGCAGUGCGCUCGUCUUCCUCUUCGUGGUGGACAAGUUCCCUUUUUCAAUGGGGGCCAAAGAGGCCGCUGCCGCUGCUGCAGACGACCUUUCCACGUCAGCAGCGGAGACGAAGCCAUCCCACGUGGCAAUGGAUCUGAGCGCACACGGCAAGCAGCAAGAGACGGUCAGGAUGAUCACUGGGGAAGGGGACGGCAUAGCGGCGGACAGCAAGGGCUCCAAGGGCGGCAAGGGCGGCAACAAAGGUGGUGGCAAGGAUGGUAAGGAGAGUAAAGGCAGCAAGGGGAAGGCAGAUCCGAAGCAGGCAGCACAGGGGAAAGACGCUAAAGAUGGAAAAGAUGAUAAAGGGGCCAAGGGUGGGAAAGGCGGGAAGGAGACGGGGAAACCUGGUGCUGGCAGUGGUAAGACGAGUCACCCUACCACAGGUGUGAAGCCGGCGAAUCCAAAGCAGCAGCAGAAGCCGGGUGGUGCUGCUAAGGGAAAGGGGCAUCCUGUGGGGAAGCAGCAGGGGAAGACCCCGGGGGGGAAGGCACCUCAUGGGAAAUCGCCUGGAGGGAAGGCACCAGGAGGAAAGGGCGCAGGUGGGAAGGCUGGGGGGGUGAGACCUGGUUCAGGGAAGCAAGCAGGGAAGGCGCAAGGAGGGAAGGUGCAAGCAGGUGCAGGUACAGCGAAGAAUGUUGCGGCACAUGCAGGGGGGAAGGGAGCAGUGGUGGUGGCGAAGGGAAAGGUGCAUCCAGCACCGAGGCAAGACAAGGCGGGAGGAGCAAAGGGUAAAAGUGGGGUUGCGGCAGGGAAGCAGGGUGGGAAGGGGAAAGGAGCAGUGCCGGCUGGUGGGAAUUUAAGAGGGGUUACUGCCGAUCCCAAGAAGGGAGGCAAAGCAAAACUACAAGCCCUAGUUUACCCUUCAGUGUACGCGUUAGAACAUCGUUCCACCUUCGCAACCUCACAAAAGGUGGCUGCUCCUCUUCCUCCUCUCACCAACAGUCCGUUCCGCCGAGUUUCUAGCCUCAUUCGCAAGUCGGAAUUUCCUGCUGUUGGAGAGCUCGUGGCCAUGGCCAAGGGCAAGGGAGGGGCGAUCCUGGUGAAGCUGCUCUCGGCGGCGGGGACGGGCUUUUUCUACGUCACCAAGAAGAACCCGCGCAACCUGCCGCACAAGCUCGAGUUCCGAAAGUACGACCCGCGCGUUCAGAAGCACGUGCUCUUCACCGAGACUAAGCUCCGAGCUGGAGGCGGCGGAGGGGCUGCGCUUCUCGUGGAAUGUGUGGCCGUCGUCGCGCCUCGAGGCGACGCGCUGCGUCGUCCCCUUCGGCGCGGUCUUCACGCCACUCGCGGAAAUCCCCGAUCUGCAGGUCGUUCCGCAUCCGCCGCUGCUCUGCAAGGCGUGCGGCGCCGCGCUGAAUCCGUACUGCGCGCUGCACUGCGGCACCCGCUCGUGGGCAUGUGCGCUCUGCCAGCAGGUACUGUAGGGGGUAUAGGAAUGUGUUUCCUCCCUCAUCACUCCAGGGACGUGAGCGAUUCCAACCUGCCCAUGGAGCUCUCCCCAGGCCCCCCAACCCAUCGCUCCUGUUCGCUCUGCUCUCUUCCUUUUCCCACCCAACCACACACCACAGAGGAACGUGUUUCAGCCCAACUACAGGGACGACAGAACAUCUUCCCACCCAACUACAGGGACGUGAGCGAGACCAACCUACCCAUGGAGCUCUCUCCCAGCCUCAGCACCAUCGAGUUCCUCCUGCCCCACGCCGCCACACCGUGCGUCCCUUCCUCCCCUGCUCCCCCUCCUGCCCCACGCCGCCACACCGUGCGUCCCUUCCUCCCCUGCUCCCCCUCCUGCCCCACGCCGCCACACCGUGCGUCCCUUCCUCCCCUGCUCCCCCUCCUGCCCCACGCCUCCACACCGCAGCCCGCGUUCCUCUUUGAGUUCGACACGUAUGUGCCACCUGACGAGCUGCACCACGCCAAGGCAGCCCUGCUGCAGCUGCUGCCACUGCUACCAGUCGCCUGCCCCGUGGGUCUCAUCACAGUUGGGGCACAGCCCGCAUUCCUCUUUGUGUUGGACACGUGUGUACCACCUGACGAGCUACACCAUGCCAAGGCCGCCUUGCUGCAGCUGGAUUGUCUUAAAGUCCACCUCUGCGGCCCUGCUGCAGCUGCUGUUGAGUCGCAUCUGCCCCCCUCCCCGCCCUCCUUUUCCCCCUCCCCUCCUUUCAACAGGCAGCCCGCGUUUCUCUUUGUGUUGGACACCCAGCCCGCAUUUCUGUUUGUGUUGGACACGUGUGUUUCCCCUGACGAGCUACAUCACGCCAAGGCCGCGCUGCUGCAGCUGCUGCCACUGCUACCAGUCACCUGCCCCGUCGGUCUCAUCACAGUGGGCGCUCAGGUGGCCGUGCACGAACUCUCCCACUCCCUCCCUCACUCGCUCCCUCACUCGCUCCCUCACUCGCUCCCUCACUCGCUCCCGCGCUCUCAAGCCGGCCCACUGUCGUCGCGUGUGGUGCUGCUACCAGGCGACAAAGACCUGCCUCCCAGCAAGAUAAAGCACCUCCUGGGUCUGGGAUUGCCUCAGCCUCACCUACCCUCUGCACCAUCUAAGACCACACCCAGCAGCGGCCAUACCCCUGCAAUGCACACCACCACCCAUGCCAAAGGUCCCUUUACUGGCAAGCCGUCCUCUCCCAAGGGCCCUCUCUCUUCGAGAUCCUCUUCCUCCUCUCAUUCCUCAUCUGCCCGCGUGUCAGCAUCACCACCACCACUACUACCACCGCCAGCAUCAUUACUGUCCACGUCAGCAGAAUCAGUGUCGUCGUCGCGGCCCCCGCCGUCGCUGGUGCUGGGCGGCAGAGGGGCGGCGGAUGGGCGGUACUUGGUGCCUCUGGUGGAGGGAGAGGGCGUGCUGAGGGGCGUGGUAGCGGCGCUGCAGCCGGACUCACAGCCAGUGGUGCCAGGGGUCAGGCCGCGCCGAGCCAUAGGCGCAGCUUUGGCAGCCGCCGUGGCUGUGAUGGAGGCUCGGGGCGAGCAGGGGGCAGCGGAGGAGGGAGGGAGCACGGAGGAUGGGACAGGACGGGCAGCAUGGGAGAAGAGAGGAGCAGCAGAGGAGUGGGGAGGGGGGGCAGCAGAGUCAGGAGGGAGGGCGAGGAGGGAAGGUGAGGGGGCAGGGAGGGUAGGGGAGGGAGUGAGGAAGGUAGGGGAGAGGGAAAGAGGGGGAGGGGAGAGGGUGCUGCAGUCAGGAGGGCGAGUGGUGGUGCUGCUGGGAGGGCCGGGCACAGUGGGGCCAGGCAUGGUGGUGGGUACAGACAUGGCAGACUGCCUCCGCACACACUCGGAUAUUCUCCUCGACAACACCUCUUACUACCAGUCAGUGCCACUCUGCUCUGGAGCUGGGAACAGUGGGGCUGGGCACGGUGGGGCUGGGCACGGUGGGGCUGGGCACGGUGGGGUUGUGGCUGGGCAAGCCGUGCCACACGCUUCUAAAUUCAGUUGGGUGAGCGAGCGUGGAGGUAUCAGCGGCCAUAGACGUGUUUGUAUCCGUGCCACGCGUUUCUACACUCAGCUGGGCGAGCGAGCAGCAGAGGUAUCAGCAGCCAUAGACGUGUUUGCAUGUGCGGCGGACCAAGUGGGGGUGGCGGAGAUGAGGGGCGCGAUUGAGGCGACAAGUGGCACGCUCGUAUUGGCCGACUCGUUUGAGUCAGACAUCUUUGCCAAAUCGCUGUACAAGCUGUUCCAACGGUCCCAUGAGGGCCCUCUGUUAGCCGCCACAGACGGGGUAGUGGAGGUGAAACUCCCCAAGGAGAUCAAGGUGAUGGGGGCGGUGGGGGCGUGUGGCAAUCUGUGGAGCAAGGCAGAGAGCGUGAGCGAGCACGAGGUGGGGCAGGGGGGAACAGCUGCCUGGCGCCUCUGCUCCCUCUCCCCCCGCUCCUCCUCUCUGGCGUUUUUCUUUGAGAUAGCAGCGCCGCACAGAGCACACCAGAUCCCUCCGGGCUCGUUUGCCCUGUUCCAGGCGGUGGGGGCGGUGGGGGCGUGUGGCAACCUGUGGAGCAAGGCGGAGAGUGUGAGCGAGCACGAGGUGGGGCAGAGCGGCACGGCCGCCUGGCGCCUCUGCUCCCUCUCCCCCCGCUCCUCCUCCCUCGCCCUCUUUUUUGAAAUCGCCCCGGCCAGAGUACACCAGAUUCCACUGGGGUCGUUCGCGUUGUUCCAGGUGUGUUGGCCUGGGAGGGUUGGCAUGUCUUUCUUUCCCUCUGCUCCCUCUCCCCCCCGCUCCUCCUCCCUCGCCCUCUUCAUUGAGAUAGCAUCGCCGAGAGCGCAUCAGAUCCCGCCGGGCUCGUUCGCGUUAUUCCAGGCACGUGAGGUGUUCGGCUGUCUUCCCACCAUCCGCCCUCCACCUCCCCCCUUUCCCUCUCAGUUCCUCACCACGUAUCGCCACGGGGAUGGUACCAGGAGGGUGCGCGUGGCUACAGCAGCCAGGCGUUGGGUGCACAUGGGGGGGGAAGGGGCUGCUGGCGCGGAUUCGCAGGCUGGUGGACUGGGGGUGGCGGAAGGGGAUGGGGAGUUGGUGGUGGGGGGGGUGCCGGGGGGGAGAGCAGCUGCAGCGCUGGCAGAAGUGGUGAUGGGGUUUGAUCAGGAGGCUGCCGCUGCACUCGUGGCCAAGCUAGCUGCCUUCAAGGGAAACGAGGAAGGGAGGGGAGGGCAAGCACUGGUGGAGGUGGUGAUGGGGUUUGAUCAGGAGGCUGCUGCUGCACUCGUGGCCAAGCUAACUGCCUUCAAGGCAGAGUCAGAGGACAUGAGUGACGUGCUGCGCUGGCUGGAUCACAUCUCAUCCGCUUUGGAGCUCUGCCCUUUCAUGAUGCCCCUCUGUGCUGCAGAGUCAGAGGAUAUGAGUGACGUGCUGCGCUGGCUGGACCGCAUGCUCAUCCGCUUUGGAGCCAAGUUCGGGCAGUACAGCCGGGGGGACCCCUCCUCCUUCCACCUCGCCUCCGCCUUCUCCCUCUUCCCCCAGUUCAUGUUCCACCUCCGCCGCUCCAGCUUCCUCCAGGUGUGCCUCCCCCCAGGUAUACUCUCAUCCAGCCAGGUGUUCAACCACAGCCCCGACGAGACGGCAUUCUUCCGCCUUAUGCUCACCAGAGAAGCUGUUGCUAACUCUCUCCUCAUGGUUCAGCCCGCGCUGAUCGCCUACACCUUUGAGUCACCGCCACACGCUGUGCUGCUGGACGUGUCAUCGCUGCAGCCCGACUGUGUGCUGCUGUACGAUGGAUUCUUCCACAUUGUCGUGCUGCACAGCUCCACCAUCGUGCACUGGAAGCACCAGGGCUUCCAUCUCGACCCCGCACACGCAGCCUUCAG